GCGGUAGCCCCCAAGUACGAGACGGCGUACGCGUGCGAAGGCAAGACGCUGAUGAUCGAGUGUGAGAACGGGGACCUCAUCAAUCUGAUCCGGGCGAACUACGGGCGGUUCUCGAUCACGAUCUGCAACGACCACGGGAACGUGGACUGGAGCGUCAACUGUAUGUCGCCGAAGAGCCUCCGGGUGCUGCACGCCAAGUGUGCGCAGCGCCAGAACUGCUCGGUCCUUGCGUCGACCGCCACGUUCGGCGAUCCGUGCCCCGGGACGCACAAGUACCUGGAGGCGCACUACCAGUGCGUGUCGGCGGCGGCCGCUUCCACCACCACGAACCGGCCGAGCCCGCCCUGGCUCAAGACGUCGCAGCCGAUCGUGUGGAGCACCUCGACCGUCCGCAGCCCGGUCCUGAACCGGAUCAACCUGACGGCGGCCGCCGUCACGGUGGCUGCCGUCGCCGGCACCGGUGGUGGCGUUACGGUCCGCCCCGCCAGCGUCGGCGGCAAGAUGCCGGGGGUUCUGUUGCAACCCGCGCCACCCUCCGCAACCAUCACGAGCCGCGGCAAGGCGCCGGCGGAGACGAAGACCGUCAACGAUGAUCGGUCGAUGAUCGGCCGGAAGCAGCCAGCGGCGGCGCCGGCGGCGGGGCCGGCGGCCGGGGAUGAGGAGGAUGACGGGGCGGACCUGUUCCCCACGCAGACGGCCGUCCUGUCGGGGGGAGCCGUCCCGCCCGCCGACGGUCCACCGCCGACGACGAACGUCGUGUCCGUGGGCUCCGCCCUUCCGCCGAAUCCGGUCAUCGACGUGAGCCACGCGUGUGGCCCGAGCACCGCCCGGAACCUGUUCUGGAACGUGACGCGCGUCGGCGAGGUGAACGUUCAGCCGUGCCCGGGCGGCGCGACCGGGAUCGCCAAGUGGCGCUGCGUUGCGCUCGGGUCGCUCACCGCCGAGCAGCGCGUCCACCUGCAGCAGGAACACCACCAACAGCACCAGCACCAGCAGGGUGGUGAGGCCACGACCGACGGCCCGCUCGGGGCCGAUGGCGGCCACAAAGGUGAUAUUAGUUUUAGUGGCGAUGACUCGGCGGCGACGGCGAGGGACAUGGAGGAGCUGGCGACCUGGUACGCGUACCAGCCGGACCUGACGCAGUGCCGCAGCCUGUGGCUCAACAAUCUGGAGGUGCGCGUCCAGCAACCCGAAUCGUCGCUCAUCUCGAUCGCCAACGAUCUGGCGCAGGUGACGAGCAGCAAAACGCUGUACGGCGGGGAUAUGCUCGUCGCGACCAAGAUCGUGCAGACGAUGGCCCAGCGGAUGCACCACGACAUCGAGACGAUCCCGGACCAGCGGCAACGGGAGGCGCUUGUGUUCGAGCUGCUGAACAGCGUCGUGAAGACGGGCUCGAACCUUCUCGAUCGCUCGCAGCACGCCAGCUGGCUCGAUCUGAGCGUGGAGGAUCAGAUGCGGGUCGCGACCUCGCUACUGACCGGGCUCGAGGACAGUGCGUUCCUGCUCGCCGACACGAUCCUGCGCGAGAAGCACGUGGUGCAGAAGGUGAAAAACAUCCUCAUCUCGAUCCGGGUGCUCGAGACGCGCAAUUUUGCCCGCCCGCAGGAACUCUUCCCGGACUCGGCGACCGAACGGUGGCAGGUGAGCAGCGAUCAGAUCGAGCUUCCGAAGGCGGCCCUCAUCGAGAACAGUGAGGGCGGGCUGGUGCGCAUCGUGUUCGUCGCGUUCGAUCGGCUCGAGCAGAUCCUGCGCCCGCAGUUUACCAACAUCCAGCAGCAGAAGCUCAACUCGGCUACCGGGGUCCCGGAUCUGGCGGCAUCCGGUGGUCCGUCUUUCGGGGCCACGCGGACCGAUUCGGCCGGGGCCACGACGCUACUAGCGAGUCAGCAGCAGCAGUCGGCGCAGGCGCAACAGCAGCACUACCAGCCACCCCGGUUGCGGCUCCUGAAUAGCAAGGUCAUCUCGGCCAGCCUGGGCAAGGGCCGGCACAUCCAGCUGUCGCAACCGAUCCGGAUGGUGUUGCGGCACCUGCGGACGAAGAACGUGUCGAACCCGACGUGCGUGUUCUGGAACUACAUUGACCACGCGUGGUCCGAGGAUGGGUGCCACGUGGAGCGCACGAAUCAGACCCAUACGGUCUGCGUGUGCAAUCACCUCACGAACUUUGCGCUGCUCGUGGAUGCGCUCGAUGAGACGCAACUGUCGCUGCUAUCGAUCAUCGACGAUGACCUGAAGCUGCUGAUCUACGUCAGCGUCGCCAUCCUGAUCGUGAUCGCCGUCGUGGCGUUGUUCGCCCUCAAGCUCUUCGGUGGCGUCUUUGCGAAGCUACGCCACGGAGGUGGUGGCGGCGCUGGUGGCUUGGGCGGCGAUUCGGAGCAUCAUCCGGUGGCGUCCGCUGGGGGUGUGGUCGUCCGGGGCAUGAUGGAUCGGGGUGGCGGCGGCGGCGACGGAGGGGGACUAUCGAUCUCGGGGCCCGCUGCUAUCGGACAUCAUCACCUACUGGCGGACGAUUUCCAGCAGGCGGCUCCGACGUUGGGCGUCAACAACCUGCACAAUCAUCACCCGAACAAUCUGGCCGCCAGCAACAACAACAACAACCACCACCUGGUGACGACGACCUUCAACAACCUUAACGGGGGCCGGGCAGGGGGUAGUAGCUGCUCCCCGUCACCACCAGGCGGCGGGUACGAGCACCAUCAGCAGCAGCAGCAUCCCCUGGCCAAACCCUUCCCGUAUCGUCCUGGCGCUGGCGCUUCCAAUAGCAGCAGCACCGGCAGCAACAGCAACAGCACCACCAGCAGCAGCAACAACCUGCAUCACCAGCAGCCCUUCAGCAGCACCACCACCACCACCACCAACCGGAAGCUGCCGCAACCGCCGCUGGUGCCAUCCUCCUACAAGGUCUCGGCGGCGUCGGCGGCGGUGGCGGCGGCCCACCACCAGCAUCAUCUCUAA